UAUAUAUAUAAAUUUAAGCCCGAGCUGCAACUUCAGUCGGCGCACCGCUGCCGGUGGUUCCUCCGCGCGCACGUCUACGUUACCAGCUGGAGUCAUUACGAAGUCCAGCGAGGCAGCUGGAUGAUGUCACAUCCGUGAAGACAGACCGUUCCCCGUGUGACCUCGGGAUGCUUUCGCUGCCCCACAAACUUUUCUCCCCCCCCGCACAGUGACGAUGCUUCUCCCCGCUGCCCACCUGCCAUGCGUAACGGGGACGAGAGGAUGGAUGAGGCCGCCCCCCCUCCCCCUCGCUCUCCUCCUCCUCCUCCUCCUCCUCCUCCGCCGCCGCCGCCUCGCCAGGAAGCCAGGGGGUUCUACCAGCGCAGUGGACGCGGUGGCGCGAGCCCGCGGGCAGAAACUUGCGUGAAUAUUUCUUUUUUUUUCUUUUUUCCUCCGUGUCGUUGUUCCCGUCGCGGCAGAGGAGGCGGACGAGGGGAGGCUUUGUGCAGCAGAAUGUGGUCGCUGUCCGCGGUGCUGAACCCGCUGCUGUUCCUGCUGCUGUUCGGCUACUGCCCAUCAGUGCUGUGACGCCACGAGAGAGGCUGAUCCCAGAUGGAGCUUCUCCGUGGGUGAAAACGAUGAGUCAGUGUCUGCUCUCUCGCCUUUUUACCGUGACGCCUCUUCGCCUGUUCAGAGGGGACAUGAUCUUUCAUGGCUGAUCCCGAAUACUCUGUAAACUGCUGACGCUGUCAGGCAAGAGGAUGAAUGGGAGAAGGAAGUAACGCCUGCACUCUGAGCAGGGGCUCCUUCCAUCUUCUGGCCACCAGCUUCAAAGGCGUGCCGGAUGCCAACGUUCACAUGUUUCACAUUUUAUUCUCCCUAUACAGAUAGAAGAAAAAAAAAAUAGAAAAAAAUCCAAACGAUAUCUGGUUGUCUGCCAAAGAGGCUAGUGGUGCAGGCAGAUUUACCAUCUGCAGUCAAAGGUUGCCAAAAUUUGGCUGCAGGCUUGUGUUAAUUUCCCCGGCUCGCAGUGAACAGACGUAUUGUUCAAAUACUUAUUCUGUUUGUGCGUCCGAUAGGUAUCCGUUUUCUCCCGGCACUUUGAUCAAUAUUUGGAGGGGAAGCGGUUUUUACUGCGCCCAGUCGUGACGGUGGUUGAUGGCGUUGCAUUAAAAUACGCUGCAUUGGCUUAUGACGCAUAACUUUAUGUUCUUUAGACUUUAACGCUCGAGAGCCGUGCAGCAUAUUGAGUGUAAUAAAGAGCAGGAAAAGCGCCCCACAAAUCAGGUUUAUCUGCGUCUCCGUGCAGGACAUUCAGUUGAGGCAUUGGACGGCCUGGUGAGGAGAAACAGAGGAAUUUCAACCGCCUGGCUAUUCAUCAAGGCCAGGAAACACUAUUUAUUGUUGGAGAGGAAAUUCGCUGGAGACCAUAUACUGUGAGCGGAGGAAUAUCUCACAGGGAAAGCACUUUGUUCUCGCUCAAAGCCCAGACUUUUUUAUAAGUCAGCGGAAGUGGUUGGUGUCAAAUCUUGGGGGGGGCAUGAGGCAGAAGAAUGGAUAACCCGUGACAUAAAAAAAUAAGGAAACCAUUGCAGCCGAGUGUCGCGAUAUGCCACCGGAGUUGAAUUCGCUGUUUGUGCCUCGCAGUCGAUGUGUGUGUGUGUGUGUGUGUGUGUGUGUGUGUGUGUGUGUGUGUGUGUGUGUGUGUGUGUGUGUGUGCGUGUGUGUGCGCUGCGAAUUUUACCACUGUGCCCGUGUUUCUGUAUGCAGACCAUCAGGCCGAAGGAGGGGUGGCAGGUGUACAGCUCGGCUCAGGAUGCAGAUGGGCGUUGCGUCUGCACGGUGGUGGCACCUGAACAGAAUCUGUGCUCCAGAGAUGCCAAAGGCAGACAGCUCCGCCAGCUCCUGGAGAAGGUGCAGAACAUGUCGCAGUCAAUCGAGGUGCUGAACCUGCGGACGCAGAGGGACUUUCAGUACAUCAUGAGGAUGGAGAGCCAGAUCAAGGGGCUGCGGUCCAAGUUUCGACAGAUCGAGUCGGACAGGAGGACGCUUGUCAGCAAGAACUUUCAGGAGCUAAAGGGAAAGAUGGAGUCCCUGCAGCCGCUGAUCCCUGUCCUGGAGCAAUACAAGACAGACACCAGGCUCAUCUCUCAGUUCAAAGAGGAGAUCAGAAACCUGUCUGGUGUGUUGAUGGGGAUCCAGGAGGAGAUGGGAGCCUACGACUACGAGGAGCUGCAACAGAGGGUCCAAAGCCUGGAAAAUCGUCUCCGCAGCUGUAUGAGCAAACUCACAUGUGGCAAGCUAAUGAAGAUCACCGGGCCUCUGACAGUGAAAACAUCGGGGACGAGAUUCGGAGCCUGGAUGACCGACCCACAGGCGUCUCCCCAGAACAACCGGGUCUGGUACAUGGACAGCUACACCAACAACAAGAUCGUCAAAGAGUAUAAAUCCACCGCCGAUUUUGUGGCAGGGGCCGAGUCGCGAACGUACAACCUCCCUUUCAAAUGGGCCGGGACCAACCACGUGGUGUACAACGGCUCGCUGUACUACAACAAGAUGCAGAGUAACAUCGUGGUGAGGUACAGCUUCGAGUCGGGCCGCGUGGUCACGCAGAGGGCCCUGGAGUCGGCGGGCUUCCACAACGUGUACCCCUACACCUGGGGAGGCUUUUCCGACAUCGACCUGAUGGCCGACGAGCUGGGCCUGUGGGCCGUGUACGCGACCAACCAGAACGCCGGGAACAUCGUCAUCAGCCAGCUGAACCCCGACACGCUCCAAAUCCUCAACACGUGGAACACGGAGUACUCGAAGAGGAACGCCGGCGAGUCGUUCAUGAUCUGCGGCACGCUCUACAUCACCAACUCCCACCUCACGGGGGCCAAGGUGUACUACGCUUACUCCACGAAGAGCUCCACUUACGAGUACACGGACAUCCCCUUUCACAACCAGUACUUCCACAUGUCGAUGUUGGACUACAACGCCAGGGACCGCACCCUCUACGGCUGGAACAACGGCCACCAGGUCCUGUUCAACGUUACACUUUUCCACAUCAUUAAGACCGAGGACGACUCUUAAAGCGGAGGGGACAUACUGUACACACGAAAGGAAAUUAUUUGGAAAAAUGAUGGAUGGUUUCGCCUGAAGGCUCCGAUGGAUUUAAUUUAUUUGUUCAUUUAUUUCAUUUCCCUGAUUGGUUUGGCGCAUUUUAUACAAAUUCAUUUUUUUUUUUACGCCAUCUAGCAAUUUGCUGGUGCUCACGCGAUAAGGUAUUGAAUUAAAUAUAUUGUCCACGUGGGAAUGUGACACUUACUUUAUGAAAAUCAAUAACUGCACAAAUUAAAAACGAAUUCAUUGCCUAACGGAACGUACUGCAGGUAACAGAUUUGGGACUAAAUAAUGGCACUUUCACUAAGUAAGUUUUAGAAAUACAAGUAAUAAUUUCUACCGUAUAAUAUUAAUAAUUUUUCUCCCCAAAAUGAAAGCUUUUCCAAAGUGAAGUCUACAUAUUUAUAAUGGUUUUCUCCUUCAGAAUUACCAUUCAUUCAUACCGCUUAAUUGAUUCAUAUUUUUCACCAUGUUCACUAAUUGUUUCCAUUCUCUCUCUCUUGUCCAUUUGUUCCUCAUCAUCUGCAUAAUUUAUUCCCUGCCUUUCACUACCACCACUCAGCAAUCAAUUUCUCUUCGUACUUUUCCUUUUAAAAAAAUGUUUUUUUCUCUCUCGCAAUUGACUUUGUACAAGACAAUGAGAAAUACGGUGAACCAUAAUGAACCUGUGUAGUAAUUGUACUUGGCUGUUUUUUUUGUGUCUGCGACGAUUUCUCGGUCAUCCAGGUCAUAGGAUAUCUGCGAGUACUAAGUCAAAGUACCUCCGCCGACGGCGAACCCCGGUUGCCUUUUACUUAGUACUUAGAGAUAUUAGCUUUUUUGUAAACUUCAGCAACAGUUUGUAUGCCUUAUUCAGUGCAGUACGUUCUUUACGCCCAAGGACAACAGCUCUUGUGCAUGAAUGUUUUUGCAAUCCUUAAUAGCAUUUUUACUGUAACUGUUAAUCUGUGUAUUUUGUAUUUGCACAUCCCAUUCUCCCCCCCCCCC